GGUGCACCGGCUGGAGAGGCGCGGCGCACGCUCUGCCCAGACCUCCCGUCCCGCGCUCCCGCCGCUCCUCCCGGGCGAUGCCUCCGCUCUGGGCCCUGCUGGCCCUCGGCUGCCUGCGGUUCGGCUUGGGUGUGAACCUCCAGCCCCAACUGGCCAGUGUGACCUUUGCCACCAACAACCCCACCCUCACCACUGUGGCUUUGGAGAAGCCCCUCUGCAUGUUUGACAGCUCAGCGGCCCUCAGUGGCACCUAUGAGGUCUACCUCUAUGUCCUGGUUGACUCAGCCAGCUCCAGGAAUGCCUCUGUGCAGGAUGACACCAACAUCCCACUGAGUUCGACAUUCCAGCAAACACAGGGAGGGAGGACAGGCCCCUACAAGGCCGCGGCCUUUGACCUGACUCCCUGCAGCGACCUGCCCAGCUUGGAUGCCGUUGGGGAUGUGUCCCAGGCCUCAGAGAUCCUGAGCGCAUACCUCGUCAGGGUGGGUGCCAAUGUGACCUGUGUGUCCGACCCCAACUUCCAGGGCCUCUGCAAUCCACCCCUGUCGGCGGUCACGGAAUACAGGUUCAAGUAUGUCCUCGUCAACAUGUCCACGGGCUUGGUACAGGACCAGACCCUGUGGUCCGACCCCAUUCGCACCAACCGGCUCACCCCGUACUUGGCGAUUGACACGUGGCCGGGCCGGCGCAGUGGUGGCAUGAUCGUCAUCACAUCCAUCCUGGGCUCCCUGCCCUUCUUCCUGCUGAUAGCCUUUGCUGGCGCCAUCAUUCUCAGCCUCGUGGACGUGGGAGGUUCUGAGGGGGCAGCGACGCACGACUCCCAGAUCACGCAGGAGGCCGUCCCCAAGUCCCUGGGCACCUCGGAGCCUUCGUACACGUCUGUGAAUCGGGGGCUGCCCCCGGACAGGGCUGAGGCAUAUGCCGGCAAGCUCCAGGGCUGAGCCCAAGCACCCGUGGGCACUGGCCUUGCCGGGCUGUGCGGGCAGCCGCAGUUCACCCCCUGGCCCCACCCGAGGAGAAACAGCAGGUUCGUCUAGCUCCACGGAAACUCGUAAUAAACUCUUUCCAAGG